AUGGAUGUAAGAACCUUGCUAAACAAUCUGCACAGAGAAAUAUUCUGUCCUGAGUGUAAAAGCACAUUGGAUGAACCAAAGACGCUACAAUGUCUACACAGUGUCUGUCUCCGUUGCCUGAACAACAUCUUGCGAACGAGUGGCCGCCGUGACAUCAUAAAAUGCCCUGAGUGUCAAAGGGAAAGUGAAGUCCCAGAAAGUGGUAAUCUCCAAGAUUUACCGUCUAACUUUCGCAUCGUCAGUGUGCUAGACUUGAAGGCCAUUAAAGAAUGCGAUACUACUGAUGUAAAAUGUGGAAAUUGCGACAAAAUAAGCGCUCAAAGUUGGUACUGUUUCGGAUGUUGGACACUCUGGUGUGAAGAUUGUAUCUCUGCUCACAACGUCAUCCGGGAAAACAAAAAACACCGCGUUUUGGCAACUCGAGACUUUGAAGAUAAAGACUUUGAAGACGUUUUAAAGCGACCAGCAUUUUGUUCCAAGCUUGGACACGAAAGGAGAGAACUUGAAUUCUUUUGCACGAUUUGUGGAACCAUCGUUUGUGACGCUUGCGCCUUGACACAUCACGACGGUCACGACAAGAUACCCUUGAAGCAAGCUGCAAUUGAACGAAGGGAAGAAUUUAAAUGA